CGGAAGAGACGACAGGGGGAGAGGCGCCAUCUUGUUUGUUUUAGUAGGAGGAGGGGUGGGAAAAACAGCUACCACUAGCAACACUACGGCCGCCAAAACGGGAAAAGCACACUAGGGGUAACUGGCUUGGCAGCCCCCCUUCCCCUUUCCCUUGUUGUGAGAAGGAGCCGGGACAAUGUUUUAUGCCCACUUUGUCCUCAGCAAACGUGGGCCGCUGGCUAAAAUCUGGCUGGCGGCCCACUGGGACAAGAAGCUGACCAAGGCUCAUGUGUUUGAGUGCAAUCUGGAGAGCAGUGUGGAGAGCAUAAUCUCACCUAAGGUGAAAAUGGCGCUGCGUACAUCAGGUCAUCUGCUCCUUGGGGUGGUGAGGAUCUACCACAGGAAGGCCAAAUACCUGCUGGCUGACUGUAAUGAGGCCUUCAUCAAGAUCAAGAUGGCCUUUAGACCAGGUGUGGUGGAUCUGCCAGAGGAGAACAGAGAAGCAGCAUACAAUGCCAUCACACUACCUGAGGAGUUUCACGAUUUUGAUCAGCCGCUACCAGACCUAGAUGACAUUGAUGUGGCCCAGCAGUUCACUCUGAACCAGAGCAGAGUGGAGGAGAUCACCAUGAGAGAGGAGGUGGGCAAUCUCAAUCUGCUGCAGGAGAAUGACUUCGCUGACUUUGGAAUGGACGACCGGGAGAUGAUGCGGGAGGAAAGUGCAUUUGAGGUGGACAUCAUGGGUGCAUCAGCUUCUAACUUGCUGCUCGAGGCUGAGGGCGGAGCUAACCAGAUGGCCGACAAGUCCAAUCACCUGGAAUACGAUGAUCAGUACAAGGAUGACUUCGGAGACAACCCCAUGGAGAGCAGCGAGGGAGGGAUGCUGGUGGACAAGCUGCUGAGCAACGAGGACGGAGGUGGCAUCUUUGACGACCCUCCUGCCAUCACAGAGAGUGUGAUGAUGCCCCAGGACCACGGUGACGAUGAUGACGAUUUUGAUGCUCUCUCAGCAGGAGCCCCAGACAGCCCAGACUCAGGUCCCACAGAACCCCUGCCUGCCAUGGCUGACCAGACAGAACAGACCACCCUGGUACACAACGAGGAGGAAGCCUUUGCCCUGGAGCCUAUUGAUAUCACAGUAAAGGAGACCAAGGCGAAGCGUAAAAGGAAGCUGAUUGUGGACAGCGUGAAGGAGCUGGACAGUAAGACCAUCCGCGCCCAGCUGUCUGACUAUUCAGACAUUGUCACCACUCUGGACCUGGCACCUCCCACCAAGAAGCUGAUGAUGUGGAAGGAGACUGGAGGAGUGGAGAAGCUCUUCUCUCUGCCUGCUCAGCCUCUCUGGAAUGCCAGGCUGCUCAAGAUGUUCACAAGGUGUUUGACACCACUGGUACCCGACGAGCUGAGGAAGAGGAGGAAGGGUGGUGAGGCUGACAGUCUGGAUGAGUUCCUCAAGGAUUUGGAGAAUCCUGAGGUGCCCCGAGAGGAGACCAUGACCCAUCAGCAGAGAGACAUCAUUGACCAGACCAUCAUGGAGGAGCCCAGCGUUCUGCAGGCUUCAGCCAUGGAGGGCAGCAGGACCACGCUGGACGAGUCCGUCAUGCCCCCUCCAUCUUCCCAGCGCGGACUCAAACGCAAAGCCCAGGACACAGAGCCAGCCCUGCCUAUGGGUACCCUGGACCAGCAGCAGCCGCCGCCACGUCCCUCUGGUGUGUCUCAGCAGCUAGAGGUGUCCAAUGUGGAACUGCCUCCAGAGGAAACCACUACCAACAUCAGCCAGCUGAUAGAGCUAGACCUGCUUGGUGACAAGAACAAGGAGAAGAAGAAUGAUGAUGACUCCGAUGAAGAGGAGGAGGAGGCGCAGGGGGGAGACCAGGAUCAGGAGGAGAGAAGGUGGAACAAAAGAACCCAGCAGAUGCUCCAUGGUCUGCAGAGGGUGAUGGCCAAGACGGGCGCCCAGUCGGUCAGCCUGCUGGACCUGUGCAGGAACAACAACAAGAAGCAGGCAGCCGCCAAGUUCUACAGCUUCCUGGUUCUGAAGAAGCAGCAGGCGGUGGAGCUCGUCCAGGAGGAGCCAUACAGCGACAUCAUCGCCACACCCGGACCUCGCUUCCACAUUAUCUAGGAGACGCAACUUACCACUUCACUUUGUAUUUCUAUUCCAAAAAAACCCCACUUCCCUACUCCCUGCAUCUGGUCAACACAACACUGGUUUGUUUGUUUUUUGUUUUUUUUAAACACUUAAUUUUAUGUUUUGGGUUUGUUGUUGUUUUGUAUAUGAUGUGUAUUAUUUUGUGUGUCCUGGUGCAUAUUUUUUUAAACUUCAGUGUACUUUUUUGUUUCAGUCUUAAUGUCAAAUAGUAAUGGGAAGAAUGGAGUCUGACUAACAUGGUUGAUUUAUUAAAUUUUUUGUCACUGGUUCCUGGUGCAUCAUGGUAGACAAUUAUGAGAUGCCAGUGAUAAUUUAAACAGCCAUGCUACUCAGCAGUUCAUCUGUCCCAUUACUGAGGGGAAAAAAGGUUCUCAUAUUUUCUACGAUAUUACCCAACAGGAGCAUGUAGUAUAUCCACCCAGUUUGUGCAACAACAUGUUUUAAGAGCUACUGCUAAUGUAGUGAUUUGCGGAUUCUACCAGCAAUUUAUUGGUGUCCAACUACAGCGUAGCAGCCUCAAGCAUUCCAGACGACAAGUUCUUUUUUGCUUUACAAAUGUUAAACUUUGCUUGCAUCGUUGACUCUGUUUAGGCCUCUCAAGAAUCGGCAAACUUACAAAAAGGGGCUCCAUAGCCGGAUCAGCCUGUAGAUGUUGUAAACAUCAGUGGUCUGCCAUAGUUGCAUGCUCUGUCCUGAAGUAUUUUAUUAGUUAUAAAUUGCACUAGAAACUGUGUUUUAUACCAUCUUACUACUAGACUUCCCUUGUUCUUAAAAUGAGUUUCAUGAUGCGACUGUUUUUAUCCAGUGGUCCUCUCUGCAGAUGAAUAGUUAUUUGGUUAUAACUGGAUGAGAUGCUGUGUAUUGACUAUUCAGCUGUUGUGGUCUACCAGAGCAUCACUUCAACAGUGUCCUGAUAGUGUGAAUCAAGUAGCUACCUGUGAGUGUAAAACAGCCUCUGUUCUAUAUUCAUUGAUUGUAGUAAUAUAUAUAAUAGUUAUAUAGAAUAUUACGCAUUCAUUGGAUAUUUAUAAAUCAUUUUAUUUCAAAGCAGGAUGCAUUGUUACAGUUUAAAGAAUGUGACUUGGUACCAUGUGAUCAAAGUAUGAAUGCACAUAUUCACCACAUGCAAAACUCAUUUUAAGAGAGAGCUCUCCAAACUGCAAGACGCAUUAGAUGAACAAGUAGACCAACUCAUUCCUGUGCCACUUCCUCUCCUCGUCUCUUUGUAAGGACAGCUGAAUGCAUUGUUUUUGAUAUCCACUCCCCCUCAAAUUGUAUAUCAUGUAAUGUUUCAGUGCAUCUUAUAUUUUAAACUAUGUGCCUGUAAACUUGCUUUUUUUAUUUUGUAUAAAACCCAAGUACAGAUCUUGUAGAUACUGACAGAAAAAAAAUGCUGUGUCAGAACUGUUACCAUGCCAUGCCUGUAGUCCUGAGCCCCGGCAACUGUUAUGUAACUUUUUUUAAUUAAACAAAUACUGUGAGCAGUA